UUAGUACAUGGACAUUUCGCAGAAUACACUCCCUUUAAUCUCCCUUUUUCUCUCUCUGCCUAUCACUUUCUAGAUCCAAAAAUUAAUGUUAUUCCCUUUUAGAAGGUAAAUAACCACACGAAACAUUCGCAUUCCGAUAUAGAAAACAUACAUCCAUGUGACCAUGUCUAAGGUUCUCGAGCCCCUAGAAGAAGCAAAAGUAGAAGAACAGAAACCCAUAAACCAAGAAGAAGAAGGAUCGAAGCAAGAAGAGUUGUUAGGAUCUCUAAGUACACCAACUUCAAGUGAUCACAAGAUUCCUGAGCUGGAGACUUGUCCACCGGCCCCAAGAAAGAGACCGCGUGAGAUUCCUCUGACAAAGAAGAAAAGAUUGUCCAAAGAUCUGAAGUUCUUUGAAGCCACCGACGUCGGUAGCCAAGAGGUAGAGACUUUCUUUGUUCAUAACCCUAACCACGUCCGUAAGAAACGGAGGAGUAACAGCGCCUGAAUCUUUGCUUUUAUAUCUCUUGUAUGUGUUUCUUCUUCCCACCCACAAAACACAAACUUGAUUGUGUAGGUUUGUUUGUUUAGACAUCAGUUUCGAUCACUUUGUAUUACCUAUAACUUUAACUCCGUUUGUGUACAUAAAUUUUGUAUAUAUCGACUUUGUUUUAUGUAUCUUAUUACAAUUUGA